CUCAGGGUCCUGCUAAACGGCGGCCCCGCAUCGCUAUCGUGUGCAGCUCUUGCCUUGUCGCGUUCCUGUGUUCCCUCAGAACUCCCCAGCCGUUGUGUCUCGACAGCUCGUGCUCGCUGGCUCCUACCUACCUCCAUGACUCGUCGCUUCGGAAGAAGUUCCGACACCGCCAUGGCGACUUCCAAAACUGUGGACAUCUUCCCAUCCUUCCUUCUGCUUGGUUCUCGUCGUGGUCUUUGUGUGAUGCUGUCCCUUCUGCCCUCUUCCCUUCUUCUCCCCUUCCAGAGCCUGACGCCCACCUCCCACCUCGUGACGGGAAUCGCGGAAAAGGCGGCUGCAUCCUGUGCCUCCUGUGCAUCCUCGACGCCCAAACGAAAGCUCAUUUGCACGGGCCCGCAACGGGUGCACUUCGUUGUCGCCGUGGCUUGUUUGAUCCCCCGUUCGCUAUCGAGGAUCCAUGGAUCGCUCACAGACGGCAGCCUGGUCGAUCCAAACCCAACAAGCCAAGCUCCACGCGUUUGUGAAUCCUCAUCUCAUCUCUGCGGAAUCCCCAUCCUCUGGCUUUUGCGCCAUGGCAGCCAAUCAUGGGCCAGGCGUUGCUGCAUCUCAACUUGUCGCUGCUGCACCAGACACGCUUCGUGUUACCCAACUCCCACGUGUCUGCAACGCCGCGUUUCCCCGAGUACAACACACAGCUUCCUCCAGUCUGUUGCAGCGUGCUGCAAGGCAAGGGCGGCAACACAUGCCCUUGAGGAUGAGCAACCAGGGGCGUCAAGGGGCAAUCGGGAAAUCCUCCUCGGCAAGGGCGGCUUCGUGGUUGGUGCCAUUUUCCAAAAGUCCCAGCACCCCGGGAUCGUGCGGCCGCUGCGGAGAUGACCUUCGUGGAACCGCCAUCGUUCCGGGAAAUAAUCAACAUGGGCGGCUUUCUGGUGAUGCGCCCUCCAAAACUGAGAGCCCCCGAGAAAGUGCCUCCAGGCAGUAA